AUGGACUGGAUCCAAGAACUCCGCCUGGGCCGUGUUUAUGCUCAACCUCGCGCCAUUGAUAUGGCUGAUGUCACCCCUCUCUCCUUCGAGGCGUGUCGUUAUAACGGCGGCCGCCUCCUGGUCCCCGUCCACUUCCUGGCACCUUCUGCCAUGACCCGCGCCGACUUGGCUCUUGGGGCGUCGGGCCUCGCCGUCGACAACGGGUACUUGGUCAUGACGGACUACCAGCGCGGCUGGUGGGAUUCGGAGACGGUGCACCUCGUGCACAAGAUGGCCAACAAUGUUUCCCUGUCGCUCGUGGCGCGCCAGCACCGCAUCACACCUCGUGAUGUGGUGGUCCGCAUCGCCCAGUACACGGAGAGGCGGAUGUUUGAGCGUGGGAUCGCCACCCAAAACAACAACAACAACAACAAUAACAACGGCAGCAGCGGUAACAACAACCUCCGGCUAACCUCGGCGGAAGAGGUUCGGGUUUGGCUCCUCGGGAGCAUGGUGUGGGAGGUUUGCGAGGGUGUAUUUCCAGAGGUCGUGGCGGCACGGUACACGUUUACCGUUAGGGAUAUGAUCAUAACCAUUGCCCAGUGGGCUCUGUGUCUGGAGUAG